GCUGCAAAGACACGCUGUGCUCGCAUUGACCGACAGUACGUGAAUGAAGUCAGACCAACAUUCACAGAACCGGUAUUGGAUUCUCAAUUUCAUCCAGACACAGCACACACAAAGCAGGAAGAUAGGAAAGUUACUGUUUUAUUUCGCCUAUUGGUCUGACAUAGCCUACAUUUUUGACUUUCUUAACUAGUCAACUAGAUAGGCUAAUCCGCUACUGGAGCUCGAGACAUGGAGGAAAACCGUUGCUUUUCCUCAAACAGAAACAUCUUGUGUUUAUUUGAUGUGGAUGGAACACUGACACUGCCAAGAGAGAAGGUCGACCCGCAGCUGGAUGCCUUUUUUCAGUCCCUGCGGAAGAAAGUGAAGAUCGGUGUGGUGGGAGGCUCAGACUACUGCAAGAUUGCAGAACAGCUGGGAGAAGGAGAUGAUGUAAUCCGUAAAUUUGACUACGUGUUUGCGGAGAACGGAACAGUGCAAUACAAAGAUGGCAAACUCCUCUCCAAACAGGCCAUUCAGAACCAACUGGGGGAGGAGCUUCUGCAGGAGCUCAUCAACUUCUGUCUGAGCUACAUGGGAUUGAUCAAACUGCCCAAGAAGAGGGGCACUUUUAUCGAAUUCCGCAACGGAAUGCUGAACAUUUCUCCCAUUGGGCGGAGCUGCACUCCGGAAGAGCGUCUUGAGUUCUCUGAAAUUGACAAGAGGGAGAAAAUCCGGGAGAAGUUUGUGCACGCCCUUCAGGAGGAGUUCGCUGGGAAAGGAUUGCGCUUCACCAGAGGUGGUCUCAUCAGCUUCGACGUGUUCCCCGAGGGCUGGGACAAGAGGCUGUGUCUGCAGGCCCUGGAGGGGGAGGGUCUGGAAACCAUCUACUUUUUUGGCAACGAAACAGAACUGGGCGGAAACGACUAUGAAAUCUUUGAAGACCAACGCACCAUCGGUUUCACCGUCGGCUCUCCCGAGGACACGGCGAGGCUCUGUCGGGAGCUCUUUUUCAACGCCCUUCCCAAUGAAUCAUGACGACCUUUGACCCUUUGAGAAGAGAAGAGCAACAUCCUCCCAGGAACGGACUCUCUUGCCUCUGUGUUUCAGAAGUGCACUGGUGACAAGUGUUUCUUACAACCGAGGGAUCACCACUAUCAUCUCUUUAUAAUGUACAGACCAAAAUCUGUCCUUUUUUUUCCAUGUUUUGUCAUUGAGAAUGAUGAUGGCGGCGAUCAUGAUCAUUCUGGAAUCAUUAUGGAGUACUGGAAUUUUUUUAAAAGGGAACAAUUUUCUCCGGCAUCCCCUGGACGUUGUGGUUGCCACUGUAUGGGAUUGCCAUGGCGAUUGUCAUGGCGAUUGUCAUGGCGAUUGUCAUGGUACAGACGACUGUUGCCUGUUGCUCACAACGGAAGCCGCAACUGACAAUGAUGGACAAUGGAUGAACCAGAUGGUUCUAUUUUUAAUGUUUGUUUUGUGUCUGAUCUUUGAAAACACAAAAAAGGUGUUGAAAUCAAAAUCACAUAAAGUCAGCGUCGUUACAGAUAUUUUGCAAGCCUCCCAGAAUUGUACAAGUAGACAGUCCAUUGUGAAUACCAUUGCAUCGAUGUGGGGUGUGUGUUGUGUGUGUACUUUUACAGACAAAAUCGUCACAGUGAACCUACUGUAUUACUACAUAUGAUUCGUUUACAUUGUAAAUGUAGCAAGUGAGGUGAGUUAUUAAUUUCAAAGGUGCACUUUGUAAAGUAUAUUAAGAUGAAGGGAGUGUGAAUGAGUGAGUGAGUGAGUGAGAAGAAAAGAGAAAGAGAUAGACAGAGAAACUGAAUGGGGGGGACGGAUGAUGGGGUUUUUGCCAAUGCGUUUUUUUGUAAUUGUGCGGGAGCAAAACAUUCCCAGAAGACAGACGGUGUCCUGUGAAUCAUUCCCCGUAGCUGAAGAGCCACAGCCAUAUAGGGCCUCCACACAUAAUCACUAAUCAUUUAAUGGACUACAAACAGAUUGUCAGUUAAGGGACAUGAUUCUUUUGCGUGCUUUUUCCAGUGACUGAUUUUUUUGUGGUAUUUAUUAUUAUUAGUCCCAUGCCCUGCAAGAGCUACAUCAGGGUGGGGUAGUUAAUUAAUUAUGUAUGUCACAAUAUAGAGACUUAAUUCUUGUCUAGAAAUGGAAGUGAAUAAUAUGUCAAAAUAUGAUGUAAUGUGAACUGUACACGUUGACAUACGGUAGUCGACUGCACUGUAUGUGUACAGCAGAACCUGCAGACAAGAGACACCACAUAACCAAAGCUAAGGUUAAAGGUCAAAGGUUACUCCCCAACCACCUGGCAUUCAUUAUUCACACGGAUGGCUUGGAAUGUCAAAGUAGCCUCCAUGUUUAACACUCCCACCAAUGAAAAGGAAAAAUCACGUGCAAACAGGCUGUGUGUGUUUAUGUGUGUUGUUUGUGAUUGUUCAGAAACACAGGUACUACACGUCGUCUUCAUUAACAAGAGUAGACUUUGCAUUAAAAUGUAACGUUCUGAAAUCAGACGACUAAGUGUGCCCCUUUCCUUCGCCUUGUUUUUACCAACAGUAUGUAUGAACAUGUGCAAACACAUGAGGAAAUUAAAUACUUUACUCUA